AUGGAAUUCUGGAAUCAAAUCGAUCUAUCUACUGUAACGCUGAGCAUCCUCAGCCUGAUCUCCAUCCUCGUCAUCUAUCUUCAAUACACGAAGGUCUUGCUCUCGCCCUACUCAAACUUGAAGCUCAAAACCUCAUCAACUUCGUCGUCUGCUUCAGCUUCAUCAUCCCAAGAAAGAUUCGCCCGAUGCAGAGAAUGUUCGAAGCUGAAGCCGAUCUCAGAACUGAAGAUUUGCAGCAAGUGCAAAAUACCACCGAGCCCAGAUCAAGAUACCAACGACCUCAACUUUUACUACUGUGAUCAGAAAUGUCAAAAGGCAAAUUGGAAGACGCACAAACUGAUAUGUGGCAAUUUCAAAGACCUUCAGCCCACCUCGGCCGAUCCAUACGCACCUGUCAAUCCGCUACAUUCUCCUCCAACUAGCAAUCUAUUGUCUCAUGCUGACUUCGAGAAAAAGAGAGCAGAAAUUGAAUCUUUGUUGAAAAAAUGGUGCCAAUUUCACAAGAACGUUUUGAUAUUCGCGGCCAUCCAUGGGUUGGACCUGAUCCGUAAUCCGCCAAACUCCAAGCUGAUAUUAUUGAUGAUAAGUUUAACCCUAAACGAAAAAGAAAAGACCGAAAAAUUCACGGAGAUAACGGGUGAAGAAGACCAAGAGGCGAAUACUCAGAAAGAUCUGAAACCCCAGGAUGGAGCGCAGGAUCCAAUGAGCUCGAAUUUGUUUUCGGUGGCCCAUGUUGGUACGUUGGAUUCGACAAACUUCUUCAAGUCGAAUCCGGGGAUGUCAAAUGCCCUUAAAGAGAUCGAAGGCGUUCGAGAAAAAGUAAAGGAGAAAGGCGGGAUUGGUGUCGCCGUCUUAUUGGUCCGCUGUGGACCCAUUGUUCAGGUUUUUCCGGUUGGCUUGCCUUCUCAAGCUGAUCUAGAUGCGGUGCCGCGUCAAACAAACUGGCGAGCAAUCUUUAAUGAAGCAAUCAAGUCUGGUGUGCCCUGGAAACCGCGCAAAUGA